AUGCAGCUUCAAGACAUCCAGUUCCGCGGCUUGGACAGUGCGUUAACACUCGUCACCGUCCCCCUCUCCCGGGCGUUUGCCGUGGUCUCCGUCGAGGAGGAUGAAGCUGUGCCGCUCCGGCUGGGCCGUCUCCUGCAGUCGCGGCCACCGCGCUCUGGUUCUGAUGGCCUCAGUACUUUGAGGACCCUGCGUGCCCGCCCCUGCAGCAUGGGCCGGCAGGGCUCGGCGGGCAUCUACCCAGUAGAUAUUCUGGAAGAUGACCCAGAAGGGCUGAGGGAGGCAGCCCUGGCUUACUACGCCACGCUCGGGGAAGGAGCUGGUCCCUCACCAGAGGUUUUCUCUCUUCCCACUGGGGAGCAGGUUAAACUUGAAGCCUCGUCUGUUUGCUUUUGCACCGUGCACCAUGAUGAACCUCAGCAUAAGAUACUGGUUUUGGUUAAUCCCCGGGACACAAAGACAGUUGUGGCUGUGUACAUAAAGGGAUCCUGGUGGCCCACUGAAGAUGUGCUAAGGACCUCUGAUCCUGCAAGAGAAGGUCUGAAGAAGGUUCAGUCAUUUGGGGAAAGGAUUGUACUUUUCAUUCUUAAUGUCGUUAUUUUUGGAAGAUUGGAGAGAAAUCUGGAUGCUGAUGACAUGUUUUUUUUACCUCACUCUGUGAAGGAGCAAGCUAAAAUUUUGUGGAGAAAUGGAGCGGCUGUUGGAUUUUACACAACUAAAAUGAAAGGCAGCCUGUGUGGCGACGCCACCGCGGCGUGCUACGUGCUGCCGGUCUUCGAUACAGUGUUUGUGCGGCGGCAGCACCGUCGCCAAGGUCUGGGGAUGGCCCUGCUGCAGGACUUCUGUAAGACCUUCCGAGAAGACGAGGCCCUGGGAGUCAGUUGGCCCAUUUCUCCUGCCAUGUUCCAAGUCUGUAGGAAGUUCCUGCUGACCUGUCCGGAGGAGCGGGGGCGCCUGUGGGAGGUGGAGCCCCCGGGAGCCUGGGGCCAGCGAGUCAACAUCUGGCUCAAGAUUCAGCUUCAGCAGUGCCAACUUCCAGAACAACAGUCCUUCCCUCCCUUUCGAGACGGCCUCCACGGUGCGGCCACCGCUCAACAGGCGCCGGACGUGCGGGCUUCGGCCACCGCAGACAGGCCCCAGACCCGCGGGGCCGCGCACCGGGCUCUCGGCGGCCGGGAACUCCAGGAAUCCGGGUCCAGCGUCCUCAUCAACACGCAAGUUGAAUAG